UCUCCACCCAGGAAUAUACCGGCUAGGCCUAUAUAAUGGGUCCCCAAUCAGGGCCUAGAAGACAUUUGCUAUCCCCACCCCCCACCCCGCAUUGGCUCCGUGAUAUUCAGAGACUGGGGAAGACUUGACUAUGGACGGGGCGCGAAUGCAGGAAUGGACGGGAGAGCAUUACGAGUACAGGUGGGAGCGGCUGGCGGGCGACUUGCGGAGGCUCCGGUGCCUGGCGCUUUUUUGCCUCCUGCUUCUUGUGCUCUUGGCUAUGCCCGUGAUUUACCUGCUGGGCAGCAGCCUCAGGUGCAAGCAAGACGAGGUGUCACCUGAAACACUUCCUAUAUUCCAAAAACAAGAGGCCUCUCCUACAAAUUGUUCGGAAACCAAGCCAAAGAUCCACCUUUCAGCUAUCAAGCAAAAUUCAUCCUGCGUCAAGAAUGUGCUUCCAAUCUUAGAGUGGACAGUUCGCAUAAAUGAACAGCUCAGUCCAAUGAAGUAUUUCGAUGGUUUCUUGGUGAUCCCCAAAAAAGGAUAUUACUAUGUCUACACUCAGGUCACUUUCCGAUGUCCUGAUGGUACAUGUGAAACCAUAGAGUACUGUGGGAAGAAAGGAGUGGAUGUAAGAAACGUAAUGCAGGUGGUUUCAUUGAAGAGCCCAAGCUAUCCUGUACCUCAACCAAUCAUGAAAGGCGAGAGUACCAUUGACAAGAGUGGAAAAUGGAGGAAAACCAUUUAUGUCGGAGGUAUUUUCCAGCUUUGGGAAGAUGACACACUCAUGGUCAAUGUCAGCAACCCUGCACUGGUGGGAUUUGGUGGUGAAGCAGACAUAACCUACUUUGGUGCUUUCUUAAUCUAACUGCUCAUUUGAAACCAUGGAUUCUCCCACUCACAGACCAGAAUUUCCACAAUGCAGUGUAAUAAAAGGAUGCUUCCAAAAAAUUGAUGGAAUCCUGUGAUUUUGGCAAAUAUUUUCCCCGAAGAAUUAACUGUGAAAGAUUACUAAUCUGUGGCACCCCCUCUGCUCAGACUAAAAUUGUGGGGUUGUCCCAGUGGAGAGGGGGUGAUCCCUUGAAUCAGCUCAGAUCUGUGGUGUGGAUAUAUCUCUAGUUACUUAAACGACUUGGGGCACAAGACCCAAAAAGAAAUGUGCGUAAAUGUAAAACAGUCAGUAAGGUGUGACUGGAGUCUUAGCAGCACUGAGUAUUACAGCAUGCCCACCUGUCUGGUAAGCAAAGUAUUGGAGGUGAGGAUAAAAAGAUCUGGGGCCUAGCACAAUACCCUCAGACUUAAGGCUCCCUAAACCACCCCUUAACAAUGUCCUUGUAAAUAAAUAUGCCCCAAUAAUAUAUCUCACUCUGUUGCACUAUGACACCCUCUUGCAAAUUAACCCUUGGUAUAAGAACAGAAGAUCAAACCUAUCCAUUCUGAAGGAAAUCAGCCCUGAGUGCUCACUGGAAGGACAGAUUGUGAAGCUGAGGAUCCAAUACUUUGGCCACCUCAUGAGAAAAGAAGACUCCCUGGAAAAGACCCUGGUGUUGGGAAAUAUUGAGGGCACAAGGAGAAGGGGACGACAGAGGACGAGAUGGUUGGACAGUGUUCUCGAAGCUACGAACAUGAGUUUGACCAAACUGCGGGAGGCAGUGGAAGACAGGAGUGCCUGGCGUGCUAUGGUCCAUGGGGUCAUGAAGAGUCGGACACAACUAAACAACUAAACAACAACAACAUAAGAACAGAGUUGUGACAAUGCAAAAAGAGAGAGAGAGAGAGUUCCUAUUUUAUAGCAUAAAAUGACAGAAUUUAUGGAAACUUCUUUGAUGGAUUGGGAGAACAAGUUUCUAGACAUUAUUAAGUUCAGGAUAGCAUGUGGGUAUGUGAGCAAUGCCUUCAGAUUAUUCAAAAGCCACAAGCAUAGUAGUUAGGAGUGUUAACUGCAUAGUUAAUGGGAGAACCCAGAAAAAAGAGCAUCUAUGCAACUGGUUCAUUCAGUUUGGGGGAGGGAAUGACUUGGUUUCUCUCCUUUUUCUUAAUUUCCCUUUGAAACUAUGGUUUUUAAGGUCUUUCAGGUUUGCUUCAUGUACGAGAGGAAACAAACUAAUGUAACUUCUGUUGACAUAAAUUCCCCACAUUGUUUUCUGUUUCUGGAAUACAUGUUAGAUGUUAUCGUGUAUUAAAUAUUUAAAUAGACAAUUUUUUUAAAAUGAGUUCUGUUACGGUAGUGUUUUUAUUCAGUUUCCUUUAUUUCUCAAAAUAAAAGUCUGAGGUCGCCCCCAGAGAUGAUAUUGAAGCAGCUGUUUGAUUCUUACGUAACAAAAAACCCGCCAUCAGCAUAGAUAAAUCUUUGUUAUUAGCAAACCAAUUUGAUAGACAGGUACUGCAGGAGGAUUGGAAUGAAGAAUUAGAGAUCUCAAUUUCGAUCACACAAUGGGAAACUGUUUUAACUGCUAUAACAAGGGUGUCUCUGGACCUUAAACUGAGGCUCAUACAACAAAAAAAUUAUAUGUAGAAUAUACUGGAUCCCAUUAUGUUUGUUUAAAAAGGGCUGUCUAAGAUAUCUAACUGUUGGAGAUGCAAUAGGGAUAAUGCUUCUCUAAAACAUGUGUUUUUUCAUUGUCCUAUAUUGACAACAAUCCUUCUUUGAAGUCCCUGAAUUAAUUGUAAGAGCGAUUAUGAAUAAUCCAUCACUUUCAUAAGUCAGGACACUUGUGGACCUUCCUGUCUAAUCCUCUGCACUUUCUCACACACUCACUUCAAGGCCUCCUGGCAACUCUGACGCAGUGAGCGUCAUGGAAGAAAAUGUGUUUGGAACAACUGAACUGCUUCACUAAGAUGGUACAGUGGAAACGAAAAUCAGUAAGGCAGGGCACCUUGCUGAGGUUAGGUCAAUCUGUGAGGGCCGGGAGCCUUUCCCCAGAAUUUCAGGACAUCCUUGACUGUCAGAAUAACCACAUAAGACAUUGCAUUUUGAACCUGAAAUGUCUGAAACUCAAACAGCAUUUUUGUGGGCAUACUAUGCAGCUGUAGGUUGGCUUCUUCUGGUUUCUAUGGAACUCUGAACCUUAAUGCUACCUAACUCUGGG